AUUGAUGAAAUUUUUAAUAAAUUUACAAAAUCAUAUAAAUUUAAUUAUUACGUAAAACCGCAAACUUUUGAAUGUCAAGGAUUCUUUUUAGUUUCUUCGUCUGUCAACAACUUAUUGUCGGCCAUCAAGAACGUGCCCACAAAAAUUUCAACAUCAGAAAUUUUGAUGGUAAUCGAUGACACAAUUGAUUACUCCUCGGAAUUACUCAAUGUCACUCUCUAUGGAUAUUCCAGUGUCAAUGUCAUCUCGAGAUCUGCAAAGUGGUCAUUGUCUGAAAAUUAUUUGUUUCCUCGUCAGUUUAAAAAAGGCCGAGAAUUGCAAGUUGCCGCUUUCUUUAAUCCUCCUUUAUGCUAUCUUUUGACUUCGGUUAAUAAAACAGUCAAGGGAAUUGAUGGACAAUUUUUUACAGCACCAGAAAAUGAAAUUGAUGGUAUAGAAACAAAAUUAUUUGUUAUAAUUGCUGAAAGAUUAAAUUUUACAUGGCAGAUACGGAAACCAAAUCAUCAUUACAGGUAUGGAAGACCAAAUGGAACAACCUGGAACGGAGGAAUGAUUGGUCAACUAUUCCGUAAUGAAAUAGAUAUAGCAUUCAGCGGAAUCUGGUUAAAGCAUGACCACUAUCGCUUCGUAAAUUUAACAAAACCCUGGCAUCAGCUGUUCAUAAAUUAUCUAGUCCCUCGUCCGAAACAUAGAUUCAGUUUUUGGGCGCUGACUCGUCCGCUGACUCCUGGGGUUUGGUUGGCAAUUUUCGGGAUGAUUUUCCUUUAUAGUCUCUACGUUUGCACCAAAGCAUGGAUCAAUCCUCACGCGGAAAUUAGGUACAGGAGUUAUAUCACGACCUUGAUUGAAUUGAUUGCUCGACUGGUGGGUACUUGGGCGCCAAAAAGGGUCCAGGGUUUUAAGAUCCAAACCGUGGCGUGGCACAUGGCUGGUGUUUUGAUUGUCACUGCGUAUUCUUGUAGUUUGGCGACUGAUUUAACUUUUCCGGACUUUGAAAAAAGGCGAUUUAUUUUGAAAAAUCUUACCUGGGGCAGGGAAAGUCCUGUGCCAAAAUUUGAUGAUUAUUUUAAUUUAAAUGAUAAGUACGGAAGUCAAUUUCCAAAAAAUUUCCAAUUAGAAAAAUCACAAGAAGAACGUCACGAGAAAAUAAUCCAAGGAAAUUAUGCAAUAAUUGGCCGUAUGAUCGACUCGAUAUUUUUUCCGGAGAAUAAUAUCAGCAGUGAUGAUUUGCAGGAUUACAGAGUAAUGAAACAGUCGGUGAGCGACUAUUACGUUUCAUUUGCGGUGAAACCUUGGCUGGUUAAAUCCUUCGACAAAGUAAUUUUGUGGAUGAGAGAAACUGGAAUCGUUACUUAUCACCUCAACGAUGUGAUUUACAGAAAAACACCUAAGAGUCUGCGCCAGGUGCUAGUUGAAUAUGACAUUGAAACUGGAGCAACUCAUGCUUUAGAAUUACUUCCUCUAAGCGCAGCAUUUGCAUUUUUAUUUUUCGGGCUAUUUGUUUCGUCGGUAAUUUUUUUUUUUGAGCUUGGAACUGUUUAUGGAGACGUAGACGCUUUUAAAAAUUUUGUUAAGGUACGGAUGGUUAGGUUCAAAGAAAAAUUUUUUCUUAAAUAA